ACGGCAGGCGCCUGGGCUUCCCUAACUUCCGGUCUCAUGGCGGCAAUGGCGGUGAACGCAGGAGUUUAGAAGUUGUCAAAUAUUACCGGAGACUUUGUUGCGGGUUAAAGUGUGUCAAUCAGUGACGCGUCUCUCUGUGGUGAAAGGAUGAAAACAUUUGAUGCGACUUGCUAGGUUGCUAAUUCAUGCGCUGUUGCAGAGCAUUAGAGUUGAUUGAUUGAUUGAUUGAUUGAUUAGCUGCAUGGCUGCGAGCAGGCUGAAGCUCGAGCUGCGUCAGGUGCUUCAGGAAGGAAGCCGCCUGGGUGUCCUCAAGUUCCUCGGCAGGAGCGGGCAGCAUUCCAUGGAUGUCCCCGGGUGUCUUCUGUACACCCGCUGCGGGACAGUGCCUCACCUCACCCCGGACACACUGAACUGUGUGGACACGCUGCCCGCCGUCACCCAGGUCACGCUGUCACAUCUAGCGGAACACCAGGACGUGUUGGAGGAGUUCCAGCAUGGAUUUAAAACAUUUGCAGGUCUUGGUGACACCGUGUUGUUCUGUUCGCUGCAUGACCCCGCCGCCCCUUGCCCCGCCGGCUACACCACCAACAAGACUGUGUCGGUGUGGGGCAGCGGCGGGCGCAUGGAGCUGACGGUGUCAAAGUUCAUGGCCCUGCAGAAACACGUGCAGCCCGACUGGUACCUGAGCAUGGCUGACGGGGAGACCUGGCAGCGCAACACGUCCCGCAAGAGGGUGCACAAGGCGGUGGACCGGACCCUCGCCCACCUGGACCAGGUCCUGCUGGUGCAUCAGGCAUCACAGGAGCUGCAGGGAGCGCAGGUGUGGGGGGCGGUGCAGGGCGGAGACAUCCUGGAGGAGAGACUCCGCUCCGCCAGGGAGACCGCCAAGAGACCGGUUGCUGGCUUCUGCCUGGACGGCCUCCAGACGGGCUGCGUGGACCAGGCGCUGAGGAGCCAGCUCAUCGCGGCGGUGGUCAAAGAGCUGCCCGAGGACAAGCCCAGGAUGCUGCAAGGUGUCGGGCGGCCCGACGAGGUGUUGGCGUGCGCUCAGGCCGGCGUGGACCUCUUUGAGGGCUUCUUCCCCUUCCAGGUGACCGAGCGAGGCUGUGCGCUGUGCUUCGACUUCAAGAUGGCCACGGACCCGGAGAGUGCAGUGCUGGAGGAGCAGCUGGCGGAGGAAGUCCAGCAGAACGGAGACCACGGCGCGAGUGAAGAUCCAACCCAGAUGACGUCCUUCGAGAUGGAUCUCAAAGACAAAAGGUACAGAGAGGACUUCGGGCCCCUGGUGGAGGGCUGCGGCUGCUACUGCUGCCGGAACCACCAGAGGGCGUACCUGCACCACCUGCUGGUGACCAAGGAGCUGCUGGCUCCCGUCUUGCUGGCCAUCCACAACACCACCCACUACCUGGGCUUCUUCACAGCCCUCAGAGGAGCUCUGGCCCGCCAGGAACUGGACCUCCUGAGGCGACGCGUGCUGGCGCCGACACACGCAAAAGGACAACGUGCAACCAUCACCUAGACCAGACCGGACGGGGCCCCGAGGAGACCUCUGGUCACGUCAGGACGAAGCUGCCAGUCAUCCCUCAUUUGCAUAACCCUAGGACAGUCAGGACCUGGACUAUGGACUUGGACUAUGGACUCUGGAUGUAAGUGCAGAUUAGCACAUGACCCAAUACAUCAUGCAGCGAUACUACAUAGCAACUAAGUCAGUGUAGUAUCGACCCAAUACUCACAUCAUGCAGCGAUACUACAUAGCAACUAUGUCAGUGUAGUAUCGACCCAAUACUCACAACAUGCAGCGAUACUACAUAGCAACUAAGUCAGUGUAGUAUCGACCCAAUACUCACAUCAUGCAGCGAUACUACAUAGCAACUAAGUCAGUGUAGUAUCAACCCAAUACUCACAUCAUGCAGCGAUACUGGUAUCGACCAAAUACUCACAUCAUGCAGCGAUACUGGUAUCGACCAAAUACUCACAUCAUGCAGCGAUACUACAUAGCAACUAAGUCAGUGAAGUAUCGACCCAAUACUCACAUCAUGCAGCGAUACUACAUAGCAACUAAGUCAGUGUAGUAUCAACCCAAUACUCACAUCAUGCAGCGAUACUGGUAUCGACCAAAUACUCACAUCAUGCAGCGAUACUACAUAGCAACUAAGUCAGUGAAGUAUCGACCCAAUACUCACAUCAUGCAGCGAUACUACAUAGCAACUAAGUCAGUGAAGUAUCGACCCAAUAUUCACAUCAUGCGGCGAUACUGGUAUCGACCAAAUACUCACAUCAUGCAGCGAUACUACAUUGCAACUAAGUCAGUGUAGUAUCAACCCAAUACUCACAUCAUGCAGCGAUACUACAUAGCAACUAAGUCAGUGAAGUAUCGACCCAAUACUCACAUCAUGCAGCGAUACUACAUAGCAACUAAGUCAGUGAAGUAUCGACCCAAUACUCACAUCAUGCAGCGAUACUACAUAGUAACUAAGUCAGUGUAGUAUCAACCCAAUACUCACAUCAUGCAGCGAUACUACAUAGCAACUAAGUCAGUGAAGUAUCGACCCAAUACUCACAUCAUGCAGCGAUACUACAUAGCAACUAAGUCAGUGUAGUAUCGACCCAAUACUCACAACAUGCAGCGAUACUGGUAUCGACCAAAUACUCACAUCAUGCAGCGAUACUACAUAGCAACUAAGUCAGUGUAGUAUCGACCCAAUACUCACAACAUGCAGCGAUACUACAUAGCAACUAAGUCAGUGUAGUAUCGACCCAAUACUCACAACAUGCAGCGAUACUACAUAGCAACUAAGUCAGUGAAGUAUCGACCCAAUACUCACAUCAUGCAGCGAUACUACAUAGCAACUAAGUCAGUGUAGUAUCGACCCAAUACUCACAACAUGCAGCGAUACUACAUAGCAACUAAGUCAGUGUAGUAUCGACCCAAUACUCACAACAUGCAGCGAUACUACAUAGCAACUAAGUCAGUGAAGUAUCAACCCAAUACUCACAUCAUGCAGCGAUACUACAUAGCAACUAAGUCAGUGUAGUAUCGACCAAAUACUCACAUCAUGCAGCGAUACUACAUAGCAACUAAGUCAGUGUAGUAUCAACCCAAUACUCACAUCAUGCAGUGAUACUGGUAUCGACCAAAUACUCACAUCAUGCAGCGAUACUACAUAGCAACUAAGUCAGUGAAGUAUCGACCCAAUACUCACAUCAUGCAGCGAUACUGGUAUCGACCAAAUACUCUUAUCAUGCAGCGAUACUACAUUGCAAGUAAGUCAGUGUAGUAUCGACCCAAUACUCACAUCAUGCAGCGAUACUGGUAUCGGCCAAAUACUCUCAUCAUGCAGCGAUACUACAUUACAACUAAGACGAUGUAUUAUCGACCAAAUAUUCACAUCAUGCAGUAAUAAAGGUAUCGAUCAAAUAGUCUCAUAAUGCAGCGAUAGUCCAUUGCAAAUUACUCAAUGUAUUAUCGACCAAAUACAUCAUGCAGCAAAACUGGUAUCGACCAAAUAAUCUCAUAAUGUAGCAAUACUGCUAUCGCCCAAAUACCUAGCAGUACUAAAUUGGAACUAAGUCAAUGUAGUAUCGACCAAAUACAUCAUUCAGCGAUACUGUUAUUGACCAAAUACUUUUAUAAUGCAGUGAUACUGGCGUUGACAAAAUACGCACAUCAUGCAGCGAUACCGCACUGCUACAUAGUCAAUGUAAUAUUGACCAAAUACUCACAUUAUGCAGCGAUACUGGUAUCGAUCAAUUAGUCUCAUAAUGCAGCAAUACUGGUAUCCACCAAAUACAUCAUGCAGCGAUACUGGUAUCGACCAAAUACAUCACGCGGCGAUACUGGUAUCGACCAUAUACAUCAUCCAGUGAUACUGGUAUCGAGCAAAUACUCACAUUGCACAGCGAUACUACAUUGCAACUAAGUCAACGUAGUAUCAGCUAAAUACUCACAUCAUGUAGUGAUACUGGUAUUGACCAAAUACUCUCAUAAUGAAGCGAUACUCUUAUCGACCAAAUACUCACAUCAUGCAGCGAUACUGGUAUCGACCAAAUACACACAUCAUUCAGCAAUGCUGCACUGCAACCCGGUCAACGUAGUAUAUCGACCAAAUACUCAUCAAUACUGAACCCUCAGGCGGUACUGCAUUAAAAAGCGACAUCAGUGUGUAAAGGAUAUCACCACAUGGGCUCAGGAACUCUUCAGAAAACCACUUUCCGUGACUACAGUAGGUCGCCACAUCUGUAAGUGCAAGUUAAAACUCUCAUUUAUCAACAACACCCGGAAACGCUUAGCUGGGCCCGAGCUCAUCUAAGAUGGACUGACGCAAAGUGGGAAAGUGUUCUGUGGUCUGACGAGUACACAUUUCAAAUUGCUAUGGAGACAGUGGAUGUAGUGUCCAAAGAGGAAAAGAACAAUCCGGACUGUUCUAGGGUGAGAGUGUGAUGGUAUGGGGGUGCAUUAGUGGCCAAGGCAUGGGUAACUUACACAUCUGUGAAGGCACCAUUAAUGCUGAAAGGUACAUACAGCUUUUGGAGCAACAUAUGUUGCCAUCCAAGCAACGUUAUCAUGGACGCCCCUGCUUAUUUCAGUAAGACAAUGCCAAGCCAUGUGUUACAACAGCGUGGCUUCAUAGUAAAAAGAGUGUGGGUACUAGACUGGCCUGCCUGUAGUCCAGACCUGUCUCCCAUUGAAAAUGUGUAAAGGCUAAAAUAUGAGGCGGGAGACUGUUGAACAACUUAAAGUCCUACUGAAAGCCACUACUAGCCACCACGCAGUCUGAUAGUUUAUAUAUCAAUGAUGAAAUAUUAACUUUGCAACACAUGCCAAUAUGGCCGCUUUAGUUUACUAAAAUACAAUUUUAAAUUUCCCGCGGAGUUUCUUGUUGAAAACGUCGCAGAAUGAUGACGCCUGUUUGUGACGUCUCGGGUUGGAGGGAACAUAUUAGCCCAGCACCACUUAGGGCUACAAGUCGGCUCUUUUCAUCGCAUAAUUACACAGUAAUUUGGACAUCUGCGUUGCUGGAUUUUUGGCAAUUUGUUCAAUUACUAACCAGCAAGUUUUUGGAUGGGAAAAUUGUGAUAUUAAGUUUGGCUCUUACCGGAGACUUCAGUGGAUUAUGGGACCUCCUCCUGUCAAAAAGCCAACUGUGAUCUUGGCUCCUCGGCUUCUCUCAGAGACACUGGCGUUCACCGCAGCCAUCCGACUUUGAGGUAUGACUUUAUAAUCUCACUAAAAUACUAUUAAAACAAUAAGCCGAUAAGGGAUUUUCCAGAAUUAUCCUAGUAAAUGUGUAUAAUAUCUGAAUCGCUCCCAUUGCCGCCGCCCGGAGCCGUCACUUUUUCUUUUCUUUUUUUUAGUCCUUCACUCUCACUUUCCUCAUCCACAAAUCUUUCAUCCUCGCUCAAAUUAAUGAGGAAAUUGUCGCUUUCUCGAUCCGAAUCGAUUUAGCCGCUGGUGGCCAUGAUUGUAAACAAUGUUCAGAUGUGAGGAGCUCCACAACCCGUGACGUCACACGCACAUCGUCUGCUACUUCCGGUACAGGCAAGGCUUUUUUAUUAGCGACCAAAAGUUGCGAACUUUAUCGUGGAUGUUCUCUACUAAAUCCUUUCAGCAAAAAUAUGGCAAUCUGGCGAAAUGAUGAAGUAUGACUCAUAGAAUGGAGCUGCUAUCCCCGUUUAAAUAAGAAAGUCUCAUUUCAGUAGGACUUUAAGCUGUACAUCAAGCAAGAGUGGGAAAGAAUUCCACUUGAAAAAUGGUCUCCUCAGUUCCCAAACCUUUACUGAGUGUUGUUAAAAGGAAAGGCCAUGUAACACACUGGUAAAAAUGCCAUUUUCAAUGUGUUGCUGCCAUUAAAUUCAUGUUAAUGAUUAUUUGCAAAAAAAAAUAAGUUUGUUGUCAAAGUUAUUUGGUGACGAACCCCAAGAUGCAGAGAUGGAGGCAGGCAUGGAGUCAGCAAACAUGAGUUUAAUAUAAAUACUAAGACAAAACCAAACAAAGGCUUCAAACCAAAAGCGCGCACGUGGGCAGGUAAAAAAACAAAAGGCCUAGCGUGGAAGCUAACAGGUAUCUAGCAGAAAAACUGGAAACAGCUAAUGGCUAACAAGAAAACCAAAAGCUAGGAGAAAACAAACUACAAACAGCUAACAAAAACAGCGACGACCAGGACAAGAUGUAGCUGAAAUGAUGCCAGACACGACAGGUAGUAGCUGAAAUGAUGCCAGACACGACAGGUAGCAAAGACACGAGUGACAUGAGGCAACAACAAUACAAAUGAUCCACCACUGACUGGAAGACAAAGUGGGUACAAAUAGGAGUGGGCUGAUUGACAACAGGUGUGGCCAGGUGCCAAUCAGCCGCAGAUGAGGUGACAACAGCACACAGGAAGCUCAACCAAAAUAAGAGCACUUGACAGGAGAUACUAAACACAGAGGAAACAAAGACAAAUGCAGAGGAAAAAAACUAAAACCUAGACAAACUGUCAGGGGAAAGCCUGACAUUUGUCAGUGUGAACAUGAAAUAUCUUGUCUCUGCUGUCGUUUCAAUUGAAUAUAAGUUGAAAAGGA